GUCGUGGAGGCACAGCAGUGGAACUGGCCUUGAGUGGGACAUUUUUGUCGUUCCCAAGGCCCUUCGUUCCCUGGCAUUGGUCCGAGGCCGCCGAAGUGCGGCGAGAAUACGAAGGAAGGGCCCUGGGCUACCUACUGGUGAAAUACGACCCUCUCCUAAUUUACGCACUCUGUUUCACUGGGAACAAAUGGACCCACCCGCCUUUUCACUCAAUGCGGCAGUGGCAUCUGAGAACGUUUAGAGCAAGCAUCUUAGCGGAAAGAUAAGGCCAGUAGAUUACACCAUGAGCAAGGAAACUUUUGUGCCACGCAAACCAGACACAGAAGAUGGGGUGUACUUCGACGACCCGUCGCUGCCCGAGGGCUGGACCCGCAAGUGCGUGCAGCGCUCCUCCGGUGUCUCGGCCGGCAAGUGGGACGUCUACGUGUACAAUCCAAUGGGCAAGAAGUUCCGCUCGCAGAACGAGGUGCGCCACUACCUGGAGACGAUCGGCAGUGACCUGGACCCCGAGCUCUUCUGCUUCAACGCCCACAUGCAGGUCGGCAUGGCGUAUAAGCGGCGCGGUGCGACCACGCCGCGGCCGGCGGCUCACGCCCACUCGCACAGCGCGCGCAUCGCCAAGGCCAUCAAGCGCGCGCGUGGCCUGCCCCGCAAGCCGAAGUCCGCCUCUGUGACCACCGACGACGUGAACCAGAAGAUUAAGCUCAAGUUCAGCUUCGCGCGGCGGCGUCUGCUGGCGGCCGGUGGGCGCGUGCAGGUGUCGCUGUCCGGCCGCCGCCGCUGGGUGCCGCCCCGCUCGCCCUACAAGCUGAUGCAGGAGACCUACUACCACGACCCCUGGAAGCUGCUUAUCGGCACCAUCUUCCUCAACAAGACGGCCGGUCGGCAGGCGCUGCCGAUGCUGGAGACGUUCUUCGAGCGGUGGCCGGAUGCGAGGGCGGCGCGCGACGCCGACGAGGCCGACGUCAUGGAGUUGCUGCGGCCUCUGGGGCUGGCCGAGCGGCGCACGCAGUGCAUCGUCCGGUUCUCAGACGAGUUCGUCUCCAAGACCUGGAAAUACCCGAACGAGCUGUACGGCAUCGGUCGCUAUGGCAAUGACUCGUACCGCAUCUUCUGCCUCGGCGAGUGGAAGCAGGUGCGACCGCAAGACCACAUGCUGAAUCUGUACCACAACUGGCUGUGGACCAACCACAAGGCGCUGGGUCUGGUUUGAGCUGCCGCGCCUGGGUCUGGUUUGAGCUGGGGCGCCGUCGGACCGCCGCCAUACCAAGCGCUCAGUGAUGGCGACCGUUUGUGUAUAUGGGGUUUUAACGGCCGCAUGCCAGCCGGGUGUGCCAACCACUGCCCUCCGUGUCAUCUGAAAA